CCCAUCCUCUGUGACACGAGUUCCCCGUCAGCUUUGACGUGGGCGUUGUUCGGGUACAUCUAGACCGACUUGAUUAGUACGGUUAGAAGGGAAGCAUGGCAAGCACCGCCGUUGAUCACCAGCCGGGAGCGCUCGAGUCCAGGAAGAGGACCGACGUGGAAGAGGGCCUCGACGAGAAGCGACAAGACUCGUCUGUGAGCAGCAUCAACCACCAGUUGGACGAAGGGUUCGAAGGCCAUGAUGUGACGAACCCAUUCCCCGUGGACCCCGAUGAGCCAAUCGAGACUCAUCAACUCACCUUCCGAGCCAUCUUCGUUGGAUGCUGCUUGGGUGCCGUCGUCGGCUCGUCCAACAUUUAUCUCGGUUUGAAGACUGGUUUCACUUUCGGUGCCCAGUUGUUCGGUGCUAUUUUCGGUUUCGCUAUCCUCAAGUCCGUGUCCAAGAUUGUCCCUGAGUCGGGCAUCUUGGGCAAGUUCCUGGGUGGACCUUUUGGACCCAAGGAGAACUGUACUGUUCAGACUGCCGCAACUGCCGCUGGUGGUUUGGGUAUCCUGUUCGUCUCCGCCGUCCCUGCCAUGUACCGUCUGGACUUGCUCUCCGAAGACCCCGCCAAGGAUAUCGGAAAGUUGAUCGCCCUCACUGUCUGCGCUGGUUUCUUCGGUGUCUUCUUCGUCAUCCCCCUCCGAAGGUACUACAUCAUCCACCAGAAGCUCACCUUCCCCACACCCGCCGCCACUGCCUACACUAUCCGCCAGUUGCACAAAGGAAAGUCUGGUGCCGUGGUCGCUAAGAAGAAGUCUUUGGCUCUGUUGUACACUUUCCUUGGCGUGUUUGCGUACAAGGUCGCCACUGGCUACGCCCCUGGUAUCAUCUAUGACUGGCACAUUGGUUGGACCCUCUACCAGCUCGGAUGGAAGGGUGCCAUCUCAAUCGAGAACUAUGGCUGGAUUAUCGAAUUCACCCCCGCUUUCUUCGGUGCUGGUAUGCUUAGCGGCUUGAACGCCAGUUGGAGUUUCUUUGGUGGUGCCAUCAUGGCUUGGGGUAUCAUUGCUCCCUCUUUGAUCAAGAACGGAUUGGCGUUUGGCCGACCCAAUCCCGAGCUCCCCGAAUAUGUCAGCUACUACGCAAUGGUCUUCACCAACACUGACGACUACAUUGAUCGUCCUUCUCCUCGAUACUGGCUCCUCUGGCCCGGUGUCUUCAUCAUGUUGCUCUACUCGUUCGCUGAUAUCUUCGUUGGCUUGCUUCCUUUCCUCACUGCCAUGAAAGCGUCGACGUUGAAGAAGUACCUCGACCCCCGCGGUUGGUUCGUUCGAGGAAACCCCGAAGACGAUGAGGACAAGACUCCCCAUGAAGACCGUGUCCCCUUCCUCUGGUGGUCUGUGGGUUUACUCGCCAGCACCAUCACCUCGGUCGCCAUCCUCGCCACCUUGUUCCACAUGAACGUCGGCACCGCCCUCCUCUCCCUCAUCCUCGGUUUCAUCUUCUCCUUCAUCGCUGUGCAAUCUGCCGGUCACACCGACGUUAACCCGGUGUCCACUGUCGCCAAGGCUUCGCAGCUUGUGUUCGGUGGUAUCUCCAAGGGUACUGGUAUGGCUGAGCAGCCUGCUCAGACCAUCAACUUGGUUUCUGGUAUCAUUGCUGCUGGAUCUGCUGCUCAAGCCUCCGACAUGUGUGGUGACCUCAAGACUGGUUACCUCCUCCGUGCGAAGCCCAGGAACCAGUUCAUUGCUCAGCUCUGCGGUUCCGUCGUCGCUGUCUUCCUCACUUGCGGUCUCUUCCUUCUCUUCACCAAGGCUACUCCUUGUAUCCUUAAGGAAGUUGAGGGUGAGCUUUGCACGUACGGUGCUCCUUCCGUCGCUGCAUGGGCUGCUGUUGCUCUCGCUGUCACCCGCCCCCGUCUCCCCGUUCCCCCCUCAUCCGGAUACACUGCUAUCGGCCUCGGUAUUGCGAGUGUCCUGACUGUCUUCGCUAGGCACUGGCUCAUCCCCAAGAAAUACCACGCUUGGGUCCCCAACUGGAACGCCAUCGGUCUUGCCUUUGUCGUCCCUCAGGUCUACUACCCCAUUGCCAUGGCCGUUGGCUCCAUCUUCAACUUCUUCUGGUUGAAGAGGUCUCCUGCCACUUUCGACUUGUACAUGUUCCCCAUCUCCGCUGGUCUUCUUGCCGGUGAGGGUCUCGGUGGUGUGUUGCAAGCUCUCCUCGCUAUCGUUGGCGCCGACGGAGCCACCUACGGUACCGCUGUCGGAUGCCCUCUCAAUAGCUACUGCGGUUAAAAAGAACCAUUUCAUAUCUUCUACCACGACCUGAUCGACGUCCCAUAUAAUGAAGUUGCGUUAUACGUAUUGGAAUGACUUUUUGUUGUGACGCAU